AUGGAUUUGAGAGUCUUCAAACUGGCCAAGUCCUGGCCCACUCUGAACAUGCUGAUAAAAAUCACUGGCAACUCAGUGGGUGUCUUGAGGAAUUUGACCUUGGUGCUGGCCAUCAUCGUGUUCAUCUUCACCGUGGUGGGGAUGCAGCUUUUUGGCAAAAACUACAAGGAGUUUGUGUUCAAGAUCAAUCCGGAGUGUGAGCUGCCCCGCUGGCACAUGCACGGUUUCUUCCACUCCUUCCUUAUUGUCUUGCGUGUGCUGUGUGGGGAGUGGAUUGAGACCAUGUGGGAUUGCAUGGAAGUGGCAGGACAGGCCACGUGCCUAAUUAUCUACAUGAUGGUCAUGGUCAUCGGAAAUUUUGUGGUCAGUAAAUUUCUUUGGUUGCUUCUGGGUGUGCGGUAG